AUGGAUUGCUUCUUAUUUGAGAGUAGCGCACUUCCUAGGAUAAACACUUUUAUCGUCCUAGACAUAGUGAUCAAAAUGUUAAAAGGGAAAAAAAAGGAAAUAAAGAGUAAGGAAAAGAAAAGGAAAAGCAAGACAGUAACAAAAGCAUUGUACUUAACAAACAGAAUGUUAACAGAGGCCUUUCCACCUGAUUACCAUUUUAUAAUCAAUUUUUUAGCUUCAUCAAUGGUAGAAAAAAAAGAUAGUAGAACUUCAUUAAAUGGUAAAUAUAAUUGGGUAAUUAAAAAAGUAAAAGAUUAUAAAAAGGGUAUUAAUGAGGAUAUAAAUUAUUUUAAUUUAAAAAUGAACAACAGGGUAACUACAGAAGAAUUAAAAGAGAUAUUAAAAGAUAUACACAUCAAAUAUAUCGACAAAGAUAUGUGUUUGAUAAAAAUUUUAUAUAAAUUAAAUGAAUAUAAAAAAUAUGAUUUAAUAGUUAUCAAUCUAGCUUUUUUUUUUGUCAAAGAUGAAAAGAAAAUUAAUAUAUUUAUAGACACCUUUUUCUUAUCUGCAAACUGUAUUGAUAAUGGUCAGGAAAUUACAAAGACGAGUUUGAAUAAUACAAAAGAGGAGCCCCCUUCCUAUACUACUAACAAAAAGAAUAUGCUAAAUUCACAAAUGGAAAGGGAAAUAUGUGAUACUAUAUUUUACAAAAAUAUUUUAAAUCUUUCUUUUCAUUAUUCUUUUUUUAUUAAUUUUUUUGACUACUUAAACAGAUUUGAUCUUUCCACUACAAAUUACAAAUUGUACAAGCACACUAACAACGAAUGGGAUAAAUACCAUAUAAAACAUGCCUCGGGAAACAUAAAAGAUAACGAGAAAGGGGGGUAUACCCUUAUUGCAAAUGAAGAAUUGAAAAGUAACAACUCCGUAUACCAUUUUGAGGAUUUUUUGAACAAGAAUGAAAAAAUAAAUGGUGGAAGAAAAAGAAGCUAUACUAAAAACAUUUUAACAAAAAAAAUUGAAAAAAAAUUGAAAAAGGAAAAAAAAUCCUUUUUUAAAGAAGAAGAAAAACUUGGAAUGAACGAAAAAAGGGAAUACAACAACAGUGUUGCUAUUGCUACUGCUGCUGUAAGUAAUAAAAUAAAUUGUGAAGACGUAAAAUUCGAUAAUUUUUUGGUAGAUAGUCGAUUUUGUAAUUUUUCGAAAGAGAAAAUUAACUCUUCAAAUGCUGAAAAUGGUACAUAUAAUAAACACAUUUUGAGAAAUGAAUCCACCAUAUUUGCCAAUAAUCCCUAUACUCAUCUCACUUGUGCAGAUAACAAACCGUUAAAGGGAGACACAAAUAAUUCUUUGGAACAAACCGAAAAAACAAAAAAAAAAAAAAAAAAAAAAAGAACAAAAAAUAAUUUGUGCAUGUUUGAUAUUAUUCCUAAAUCUGAUACAUACAAAAAAAUGUAUAUGAAUAUUAUAUCAGUAAAUUUCAAUUACGCAUACUUAAUAUCUUGA